UCACUAAGCUCCAGUAUAUACAGAAAUCAAAUACGAUUUUUGCAAGCCUGGGCAUUCGAAUCAGAAUCCAGCCAAAGGGAAUCCAGUGUGUAAACAAAAACAAUGAAACUGGAGGAGUUGCUGACCAAGGGAUCCUCCUCGCCGCCGGAGGACGACGACGAGGACGAGAAGGUGGAUCUGAAGCCGCAAAAGUCGAGCAGCGCCACCGCGGACGAGGGGGCGGAGAACGCGGAGGAUGCGGCCGAGGAUGCUGGCGAGAAGGAAGGCGCGGGUGGCAAGAAGAAGGGCACGCGCAAGAAACGCUCCCUCAACUGGGAGGAGGCGGAGAGGGGGCUGCUCCUUGAGGUCAUCAAGUCCAAGGUGGCCUUCGUGGAGAACCGCAGCGUGGACGCCAAGAGCAUAAAGGCCAAGCGUCUGGCCUGGUCGCAGAUCACCAAGCAGUUCAACGCCCUUAACUUCCGCCAUCGCCUGCUGGAGCAGAUCCAGGUGCAGUGGCGCAGCAUGAAAAACUCUGCCAAGCGGGAGCACCAGCAGAAGCACCCGAAAACAGAGGCCCUGGAAGGCAUGCGGAUGAUUGAGUUCCUGGAGGAGAUGCAGAAGGAUCCGGUCACCUCGCGCAGCCAGACACGCAGCGCUAACACAAACGGCGCCCUAAAGAAGGAGCUGCUGGACAUCGACGAGGACGAAGACAUGCCGCUGGCCGCUCUGCCCAACUCCACGAACGCCAGCGAGGACACGCUGCAGACCUCCACAAUAGCCAUCCCCUCGCCGCCGCCCUCCACCGCUGGCGGAGAUGGGGACUCCCAGCAGGAGGGAAAUCCCGCCCAGCUGCCAGCCCAGCGACGCAAGCGGACCAAGGCCAAGCAGUCGCCCUCGGGCGCCAAGACAGAAGCGUCCGCCGAAACGGGGGAGGAGAACGAAAAGGGCGUAGGCCCGCCACGAAAGCGGCGACAAAGGAAUCUCUCACAGGCCCAGUCGCUGCUGUCCGACGAGAACGAAGCCUCCACCAACGUAGCUGCGAGCGCCACCCCAGUAGCGGACACAAAUAGCCAGCCACUAGAUCUGGUCACCGCCACGGAGAUGGAGCAGAAGUACAAGCAGGACCUGUUCAAGCUGCUCAAGCAGGCGCGCCUGGCCGAGAUCGACUACGCCCGGCGGGAGCACGAGCAGAAGCUGCGCUUCGAGCAGAUGGAACAGGAGGUCAAGAUGGCCUACUACCGGCAGGAGCAGGACCUCAAGCUGCGGCACAUGCGCGAGGAGCACGACAUCCGGCUGCGGCAGCAACGGCGGGAGCACGAGGCGCGCUUGGGGAUCUACUCGCUGAAGAGCGGCGGCCUGAACGGAAGCAUACAGGAUCAAAGUUCAGCAAAGUGCAAUGCCAAAGCGGACUACAACAAUGUCCACGAGGUCGGGCCAUCGACCAGUGCGGAGGGGGCGCUGGCGCUCAAUGCCGCCUGCAACUAGGGGCGUGGCUGUUGGCUACGCAUAUAUGUAUGCGGAUAGAAUACGAGGAGAGCCAGCAAUUAGGGUGUAAGGCAUUUAGAGGAAACAUCAACAGUACUUUAAAAUUUAGCUUGAAAUAUGUUUAGCGAAAUGUAGCUCUUCCGGUCAGCCAGAAUAGCCGGAAAGGCCAGAAUAGCCGUAUGCGGAAACACCGGACGCGCAUACUCAUACGCGAAUGAAUACUCAUCGACACACUCAAGUUGCCACUCGGACGAAUGGACUGGACUGUUGUUUAUUGUGCGACUCGCACCAGACGAACUCACAGGCAUUGCAUUUUCAAGAAAUUAGUAUUAUAUAAUUGUAUCCGUAUCUGUUAAGUACUCCGGGCGCAGAGAUCAAUUCAAAACGCAAAUCGCGGUUGUGUCCUCGAAAACAAACUCGAAAAUACUCAUGCACAGACUCCGAAUAAGUUCCCUUUUGCCGAACGCAUCUACUCAUCAGUCAGUAUUCUCUAUGGCCACUGUAUUAUUUUGAUACAUUCAUUUUUUUAGCCUUAAGUUUUUUGUACACAACUACUAUUUAUACAUGGGGUGCAUGCGGUGCCAGCAUCCGUAGUUGUAGAUCAAUGUAUGUUGUUCAUACAUUACGAGAAUCUUUUAUAAUUCGUGUAAUCAUAAGUUACUGUACGUCGUGUUGUAUAGCGCUGUAAUAUCCUGUCACUUGCUUCAGCUUAAUUAAAACCGUAUAUCGGGCGAGAGAUAACUAGAUAAUGAAAUACAAAUACUAUACAUAGUGUAUAAACCGA